AUGCGCGGAAAAGUCAUUCUUGAAGAGGCCUUCGACCUCCCACGCUUCUCUGAGAAGGCCCGUUGGUGGGCUGGUCUCUUCAGCCCAGAGCCAGAUCGCCACCUCUCAGAAAUUAUGGAUCUCACAGAUAUCCGCCUGAAGCAGGCUGACAAGCACGGAGUUGGGUACACGAUACUUUCGUACACUGCUCCCGGUGUUCAAGACGUCAGCGACCCUAAGGAGGCCCAGGCUUUGGCCACCGAGAUCAAUGACUACGUCGCGGGCCAGAUUAAGGGCCACGAGGACCGUUUGGGCGCAUUCACGACACUAUCAAUGCAUGACCCCAAGGAGGCAGCUGCCGAGCUUCGCCGCUGUGUCACCCAAUACGGUUUCAAGGGCGCGCUGGUGAAUGACACCCAAAGAGCGGGCAAGGAUGGGGACGACAUGAUCUUUUACGAUAAGCCCGAGUGGGACGUCUUCUGGCAAACUGUCACCGAGCUCGAUGUCCCAUUCUACCUCCAUCCUCGCAACCCCACAGGAAGCGUUUUUGAGAAGCUGUGGAAAGACCGCCAAUGGCUUGUCGGUCCACCACUCUCGUUUGCACAGGGAGUGUCAUUACAUGUCCUGGGCAUGGUGACUAACGGAGUUUUCGACCGCCACCCAAAACUCCAAGUCAUCCUGGGCCACCUGGGAGAGCACAUCCCCUUCGACAUGUGGAGAAUCAACCACUGGUUCGAGGAUGUCAAGAAGCCGCUGGGCCUGGACUGCAAGAAGACCAUCCGGGAGUACUUCAAUGACAACAUCUGGAUCACAACGAGCGGCCACUUUUCUUCCACCACGCUCAACUUCUGUAUGAAUGAGGUCGGGUCGGACAGGAUACUGUUCUCGGUGGACUAUCCUUUCGAGAAGUUCGAGCCGGCUUGCACCUGGUUUGAUAACGCAGAGAUGAGCAUUCCGGACAAGGCUAAGAUUGGCAGGGAAAAUGCGAAGCGGCUGUUCAAACUAGGGGCAUAUAAGGACAGCAGUGAGAAGGUCAUCUAA